AUGUUCUUCAAUUCCAAUCUUCAACAUCGCGUCAAACAUUACGAUCUGCUUCUCUCGCGAGAGUUAGCAAAUCUUCAGCGUGAACAUUCACAAAAUCUCAUCACCUACGAAAAAUUUGAAAACUCCAUUCGUCGAGAUAGCAAGCAGAACUGUCAGAUGAGUAGAAGAAAGAUCUCGACACCAUCGGAGUAUAGCUGCCACGAACAAAUCGAUGCAUUCGAUUAUCGUAAAGUAUGUUCGAAUAGUUUCAAACGUCGUUUAUCGAGCAGUACAAGUAGCAAUCAUAGUCAACAUCAAUUAGAUGAUUUCGAUGAUGAUACAGUGUCGUAUUCAUCUUUCAAACAACGACGAUAUUCAACGAAAAACCAACGUUUACCACCGAUGGUCAAAGCAACAUCGAACGAACGAGGGAAAAAUAGAAACAAAAAUCAGUAUUGGAUGGCGAAUUUUCAACAGACGAACAAGUCGAAAGAAAACCCUUUUGAACCAUUUACAAUUGUCAUAGAAGAAACACCAGUACCUAUUCGACCUGAGCCAACACCCUUACAACGACAAAUUCGAUCGUUUUUAAACAAUUUACCCACAUAUCGAGGUAUUCAAAAUGGUUUUGAUAAUUUCGCUCCAUCGUCACUCUAUUCCAAUCGUCCGCCAAUUGUUAUUCGCUGA